AUGGCUAGCGAGAAGAAACCGCCGAAGACGAAAAAUGCCGAGGAGAUAUUGACGGAGUUUCAAACACUACGGGAUGAACAAAGAAUGUGUGUGAAGAAAUUAUCAGAAAUGGAAAUGGAGCUGAACGAGCACAAGAUUGUUAUUGAUACGUUAAAAAAUGUAGAUCCCAAGAGGAAAUGCUACAGAAUGAUUGGUGGGAUUUUAUGCGAGCGUACAGUUGAAGAUGUGAUGCCUGCUUUGGUGACGAACAAAGAACAGUUGGCCAAAGUAAUAGAUGCAUUAAACGAUCAAGUAACAAAGAAAGGAAUUGAGAUCAACGAGUAUAAAGAGAAGCACAAUAUCAGAAUCAGAGGACAAGAUGAUUUACAGCGGCAAGAUGAGAACAGUAACAAGGAAGCAAAGAGAAAUGCAAUUGUUGUGAAUCCGAUUGACGUUUGAGUGUAAUAAAAUUAUUGGUUUUCUUUUGUCAUUACACAUUCAGGUAUUUCGUAUAAAAUCGAAAUCCAUAUUUUUAGGUUACAUGCAUUUUUAAACUUAAAUUGUUUUGUAUUUAUUAUGCCAUUUUGAUAGCAUUUCAUAUAGUCUUUAAUAUAGAGCUUAAUAUGUUGAAGUCAUUGUUAGGUGUUGCUGUAAACAAAUUAAGCAUUACAUCACAUUUUAUAAUAUCGCAGAUAAAUUAGAUCUGUACAGUUCUGAAAUCUUGUAGAUGUACAUGUAUCGCUAGCUGUAUCAAAAGUGAAAUAAUAAUGUUUGCAUAUAUUUCUUUGCUCUUGUGCGUCUUUGUGUAUAUAACUUUAAUAAUGAGCAAUAAAUUGUGCUUUUGCUGAAAA